AUGAUAGGCAAGGAGGCCGAGCCUAGAGAGAUGCAUGCUGCUGAAAAAUUGAAGGAGCAAAAGGCGCAAGAGGAGACUGGAAGUACAAUGUUGCACGCCCCAAUGGUGGCAAAGGAGCCUGAAAUGCCUCCCUACAUGGCCUGUUUGAAAAGCAUACUCUCUGAGAAGACAGGCUUAAAGGGAGAUAAAACUGUGGUGCUGACCAAGGAGUGUAGUGCACUAGUGCAGAAAAGGCUACCCACGAAGAUGCCAGAUCCCGAAAGCUUCCUAAUUCCCUGUACUAUUGGGACUAUCACAUUUGAGAAGGUAUUAUGUGACCUUGGAUCAAGCAUAAAUAUGAUACCUCUCUCAGUGAUGAAGAAGCUGGGGAUACAAGAGGCGCAGCCCACAAGAAUCUCACCGGAGAUGGCAGACAAGUCCCAAAAGCAGGCAUACAAAGUGGUGGAAAAUGUCCAAGUAAAGUUGAAAGACCUUUACCUCCAUGUAGAUUUUGUGAUACUUGAUACGGGAGAGGACACUAAUGACUCCAUCAUCCUAGGAAGGCCAUUCACAGCCACUAUAAGAGCCCUCAUUGAUGUAGAGAGAGGAGAAUUAGUCUUGAGGAUGCAUGAGGACUAUUUGAUGUUCAAGAUUUUUAAACCUCAACCACUCUCUGACAAAAGAGGUACUAGCAUGUAA